CACUACUUUUUUUCUCUCAUGGAGAAGCAUUCGCAGGCACUGAUCAUCAGUGCAGCUCUUUUACUGCACUGUCUUAUUUCAUGCAGAGCAAGAACCGCGUCGCCCCAUUCUGCAGAAAGAAAAGGGACAUGGAAGUUACUGCUGAACAACACUGGUGUGGUGGGUGUGCAUAUGGUUUUAACCCAUUGGAACACUGUGAUACUAUUUGACCGGAGCGGGUCCGGCCAAUCAGGAUACCAGCUACGUCAUCGGUUCAAUGGAACAAGAUGCAAGGGCACUCGUGACGACUUGUCAGACUCAACUUGCUAUGCUCAUUCUGUUGAGUACAGCAUUUCCAACAACAGUGUCAGGCAUUUGAAUCUCAUGUCUGACACUUUUUCGUCUUCUGGUUCCAUCUUGAGUGAUGGAAGGAUUGUUCAAUCAGGUGGCUUUGGAGACGCUUCACGAAGAAUUCACUACAUUGGGCCUUGUAAAAGUGGUGAUAGUUGUGAUUGGAGUGUGGACAAGAAGCACUUAUCUGAAAACCGUUGGUAUGCUUCUAGCCAAAUUCUCCCCGCAAAUGACAGGAUCAUCGUUGUUGGAGGACGAGGGUCCUUCACGUAUGAGUUUGUACCGAAAAUGUCAACCAAUGAAAAGGCUUUUCAUCUUCCUUUCUUGCAGCAAACUAAUGACGGAAAUGAAGGCGGAAAUGAAGGCGGAAACAAUCUUUAUCCUAUUGUUCACCUUUCCUCUGAUGGCAACUUGUUCAUUUUUGCAAACCGGGAUUCCAUUCUUUUCAACUACAAACAAAACAAGGUUGUAAAGAAAUUCCCAAGAAUCCCCGGAUUGGGGUCAAGGAGUUAUCCAAGCACAGGAUCAUCAGUAAUUCUUCCAUUGGAUCACAAAGACGGCUUCCAGAAAGUGGAAGUCAUGAUAUGUGGAGGGGCAACUACAGGAGCGAAUGCAGCUGCUCAACAAGGCAAUUUCUUGACAGGUCUAAGCAGUUGUGGAAGAAUGGUGAUCACUGGAAAUAAGAAUCAAUGGAAGAUGGAAAACAUGCCCGGGCCCCGCUUGAUGCACGAUAUAGUGCUUCUUCCAACAGGACACGUACUAAUCAUAAAUGGCGCGAAGAGGGGUUGUGCUGGAUGGAAUAAUGCAGCCACCCCUGCUCUCGAACCUUACCUAUACAACCCAAAGAAAACUCUUGGGAGAAGGUUUUCGGUUCUGAAAUCCACUAAAAUCGCGAGAAUGUAUGAUUCAUCAGCAAUUCUUGUACCCGAUGGAAGUGUACUAGUAGCCGGGAGCAAUCCAAAUAAUCAAUACACUUACAAAAAUGUAAGUCAUCCUACUGAACUUCGGCUACAAGCAUUCGUCCCGGACUAUAUGGGCAGGGAAUAUAGUCAUCAAAGGCCUCAUAACGUGUCAAUUCACACCAAUGGCAAGGAAGGAAUCGCGUAUGGUAAUGAAUUUUUGGUUCGUUUUUUGCUGGGAAGUAAGCCUAGUAAAUAUAUGGCGUUUAUUGCCUAUGCUCCGCCAUUUACGACACAUUCCCUAUCGAUGAAUCAAAGGAUGUUGAGACUCAGGUGCACAAGGAUAAUAAGUGAUGCAAAAGGUUGGUGGAAUGCGACUGUGGAAGCUCCUCCAUCUGCUAAUGUUGCGCCUACUGGAUUUUAUUUGCUUAGUGUUGUUAAUGAUGGAAUUCCUAGCAUUUCUGAGUGGGUUAAGUUCAUUCAAGCUGCUUCAACUUGAAUUAAUCAUCUUAUUUUCCUCUACAAAUUGGUAUAUUCAGGCAACCAAAAGGAGAUUAGUAGUAUAACGUUAUGAGUUCUAAUGCUAAUGCUCCAUAGAAAAAAUGGUUUUUGUUAUGGGUGAUUUUUUCUUGUCAUUUCAUGCUAAUUGAUUAGAUCACCUUUUAUUGGUAGUUUUAUGAUUUACCAACCUACAAGAAAGUACAGAAAUGACAACAACUCUUUGGCAACAAAAAUAAUAUUGUUAGCAAAAUUCAAUAUUUGGCCACUUAGUUUUA